AACAAGCACUAGAGGAAAUAACGAUAAGUAGUGCCUUUGCAUUUACAUUGAGAAAAGUAUUCGCUAUUCAAAGUUUUGUUUUUUGGUUUUAUUGAAGUUGGGUGCACUAAAGUGGGUUUAUAGCCAUGAGUUCAGCUGCCUUUCUUCAAAAUGUUACUUCUUCUGACUGCAGAUCUAUGAAGAUCCCUGUGGAGCAUAUGGAAUAUGAUUAUAUUGAUAAAUGCAAGGAUGCCAAAUACUUGGAGAAAAUCCUUAUAUUACUCAGGUCUGGCAAGGAGGGCAUUUAUCCUCAUCUAAUUGAGUUCUGUGAAAGUCGACUAGAGAAAAUGAACCCUCGGAGCCGAGCUCUUAGGAAGGAAAAUCCUGUGACCACAUCCUCCAGCCUCCCAGCAGAUGAAUGGAGCCUUAUUGCCGAUGAGUUGAGGAUUUGGCAAGAUGAAACCAAGGUGACAGAGACUUCCCUUAAAAAACAUUUAAUGUUUGAGGAUGUUAUGGAUCAAAACAUGCCACCUAUAAGAGGGUCCAAUUGCUCGGUUCCACUCAGCAGAAACAUUCCUCAUAAACAAAACCGUGUACAGCCACGAGAUUAUCGAGAAUGGGACAAGUUUGAUGUGGAGAAAGAAUGUCAGAAAAUUGAUGGUGAUGUCAUAAACGAACCGCCUCCUAUUAGCGACGCACAUCCUACGACUAAAGUGGAUCCUUUAUUGCUGACAGCAGAAAUGAAACAUCUUCUGGCAGAGCGUGAAAAAGACAAAGGAAAUGAAGCUUUUAGGGCAAAUGAUUACGAGGAGGCAGUUGCGUACUACUCCAGGAGCAUAGCCAUCAUGCCCUCGGUGGCUGCAUACAAUAACAGAGCCCAAGCGGGGAUCAAACUCAAGCAAUUUCAAAAGGCCAUGAACGACUGCAACAGUGUAUUGGAUCUAGAACCCUGCAACGUGAAAGCUUUAUUACGACGUGCCGCUGUGCACAAAGAAAUGGGUAACUUCCAAAUGGCUGUUGAAGACCUGACAGUGGUGCUGAGAGAAGAGCCACAAAAUGUUGCAGCCACUCAACUUCUGGCUGAAACUACAAAGAAGGUGAAAGAGGUGCGACACGGAAAAGAGAGAAAAGGCAAAAAAAUAAUCAUCCAAGAGGAGCAGGAGGAGGAUUUCCAAGAGACAAUAUUGGAGCAGACUCGUGAUUGUCCGGUUGAACCCAGCCAGAUUGUGGGAGGGGACGGCUGCUCAGCUGCUCCUGCGGAGAGGGGAGACAUGGGUAACGCGCAAAAGAGGCCCCAUGGCAAAGGGGACGGGGCCCCACACAACGAGUCUUCGCACUCCCAUCACGGACACUGGAAAGGCAAAUGUGGCAGCUCAGACAAGUACAAAGUCCCACAAGAAAGCAAGGAAAAGGCAGCUAAUGGAGCAGUCAAGAGGGGCUCAGUGUCCCCCCAGGCUGAUCAGGCCGGCAGCAGCAGCAGCAAGAAAGCUCCAGCAGCUCCAAAUGUUGGCGAACCUGUCAAUCUCGAUGUGCUGUGUGGAGCCCUCCCCUUGUCUCUAUCCCGCUUAAAGAAUGAAGGAAACCUGCUGUUUAAGAAUGGACAGUUUGGCGAAGCGCUGGAAAAAUACUCCCAAGCCAUUCAAGGAUAUAGUGAAGAAGGUAUUGAUAGUCCAGAUGACCUGUGUAUUCUGUACUCGAACAGAGCAGCUUGUUACCUGAAAGAUGGCAACAGUCAAGAAUGCAUACAGGACUGCACACAAGCUCUGGAGCUACAGCCUUACUCCCUCAAGCCCCUCCUGCGGCGGGCCAUGGCUUAUGAGUCCCUGGAGCGCUACCGUAAGGCCUACGUGGAUUACAAGACGGUUCUCCAGAUAGACGUCAGCGUGCAGGCAGCACAUGACAGUGUCAAUAGGAUCACCCGCUUGCUGAUUGAGGAGGACGGUGCGGACUGGCGAGAGAAACUCCCAGAUAUUCCUUUGGUUCCUCUUGGGGCACAGCAGCACCGCAGAGAGGAGCCGCCCAGCUCCGAAGUCCUCCAGGCUCGGGCCGAGAAGGCUGCCAAAGAUGCAGAAAGGAAAGCAGAAGUUCAUUUUGCAGAUAUGAAGCAAGCUGGGAACGAGUUUGUGAAAAGGGGCCAAUACCAAGAAGCCCUGGGAAAGUAUUCGGACUGCCUUAAGAUAAAGUCAGAGGAAUGUACUAUCUACACCAACAGAGCUCUGUGCUACUUGAAGCUUGAAAGAUUUUCUGAGGCCAAGCAAGACUGUGACGCCGCACUCCAACUGGAGCCAAGCAAUAAGAAGGCUUUCUACAGACGAGCAAUGGCCAAUAAAGGGCUAAAGGACUACCUGGCAUGCAGCACAGACCUCCAGGAGGUGCUACAUCGGGAUCCCAAUGUGCAGGAGGCAGAGAAGGAGUUGGAGGAGGUGACAAUUUUGCUCAAGCAAAGUCUCAUCGAUGCGUCACCAACUAAAUCUCGGAAGGUCAUCCCCAUCACAGAGGUGGAUGGGGAUCAGGAAGCAUCAACUGUAGCAAACUCUCAGUCUGACAGCUGUUUCGGGGAAGACUUGAGCAGAAAAUUCCAACCCAGCAACGCGUACGAGUUUGGCCAAGCAUUAAACAACGCCUGCAGUAGUGGCAACAUGGCGGCGUGCGCCGACAUGUUGGCUUCAACAGAUCCAGAGCUACUUCCGCAGUUUUUGAGCACUCAGCUCAAUGGGCAGACCAUCAGCUUCAUUGUCAAAGUGCUAGACUCUCACCUUCUGGAAAAGGACCCCAACCUAGUUUACAAACACCUCAAUCAUCUUCAUACUACUGACAGGUUCUCGGUCGCACUGAUGCUGCUGGAGAAGGACGAGCGGCGCCUCGUGAACCAAUUGUUUGAGCACCUGUCAUGUGUGGAAGGCACAGAGUUCACUAAGAAUGAUGUUCAGAACCUGGCCAACAAAUACAUCUGAGCCAUCUGCAUCCUCCCUGCCUGGCCUGAACUGCAUGAGCUGCUGCUGCUGCUGCUGCUGCAUUACCACAACUCUUGGAUCUAUGCAAAACUCCCCAAAAGAUGCGGGAUACUGCAGAAUGUGUUCCAGAGUAAACACAUUCAGUCAAACUGUUCUGUAAAUAAUCUGAGAUUAUCCAGUAUGUUUAAAGAGUGUGUAAGGAAUAUCUAUUUUCUUUGAAGAUAAUUUUGCUAUGGAGAAUUACUUUUUUUACCAGUCUAAUGGAUUCUGUACAAAGGACCUUGAUUGUACUGGAAAAUCGGGCUCAAAAUGAGCCACAUUUUCACAGUGACGUACAGUAGCCCAGUGCUUGUGGUCCUUGCACUCUCUGUCCUUUCAUGUCAGAUGGUUGAUGAAUGAGCUGCUGUCCAAGCUGCUGAUAUUCAGUGCAUGAUGACUUUCAUUUCAGGGAAUUUUAAGCUAUUUAAGACUUUCCUUGCCUUUGGGAAAGAUCAUACUAAUAGGAUAUACUGUAUUAUUAUGGAAGAUACAGGUUGGCAUGAUAGAACUGUUUAGCCACUAACAGCAACACCACCUGUGGAAAAUACAACUCAAAACUUUAAAUCAUGAUUAUGUUGUUGGUCUGUUUUUUUCAGUAGCUUUUGAUAGUAUAGUGCUUAAAAUAAGGUAACUCCCUAGUUCGCUUCAGUGUAAUUUUGCCAUUUCGGUUUGUAAUCAUGGACAAAAAUGAAUGAGGCAAAUCCUAAUUUAUUUAUUAGAAAACAGAGCUGGCACUAUGAGGUGAUGAUCUAAAAAAUGAGAGAAAAUUGACUAUUAAUGCAAAUAAGAUCAUGGUGAUGAAUGAUUUCAAAUGAUAGAAGAAAGUUGCAACAAUAAAAAUAUGUAUUGUAAUAUUGCUGUUAUCAGCCCCAUAAAUCUAAAUCCUCUCAUGAUGUUUCUGUUCAAACUGGCCCCUUGCAAUGAGCAGGGAAGAGUGGAGAAUACUUCCCCAGAUGCGUGCUUUAUUCUGCCAAUUUAAGAUGUAUUUUUUUGGAAAGCCCUCAGACAAGUCGUGCAUGGGGGGUUUAUUGGUUUAGUUAAAGGCAAUAACUACAUAGAGCACCUGUUGGAGUCUGGUUGAAGAUACAUCCAGCGAAGAGGAGGGUGGGGUUGGGGGAACAAACAAACAUUUGGUUAAAUUAACGAAAAUAAGUCUCGAAUCAUUCCGAAAUUCAAAUAUUUCCGGCCAUUUCAAAUCAAACUUAUGGAAAAUGUAGAAAUACUGUAUAUAAAUAAAAAAACGAUAUUUUGAAAGUAAAAUUGACAUUGUCAAGUGUUUUGAAUGAGUGGAACAUUUUGAUGUUUGAAGGCUUUGAAUCUGUUGACUAAGUUAAGUGUGGAAUAAUAAAGCUGAAAAAUUUUGGAAGAACAGAUUUACUCUGAAAACAUCAAACAUUCUCCACCUUGGAUUUUGAUAUGCAUUUACAUGUACGUAAUAAAGCAAAUGAAAAACCACUCUCCGCAAUUCUAUCUGGCACUAGUGGUGUGUCUAAGUCAGAACCAAUCUUGGGGAUAAAGUGAGAAAAAUGUUGAGAGUUGCGACAUGCAGCUUUAUUCAACUGAAAAAGAAAAAAAAGAAUUCGGUAACAUUUCCGGGUCAAAAUCCAAUUCAAACUGCCUGUAGCCACCUAAAUGAUACCAGCCACUGAUCAGAAGCUCAACUGAAACAGCUGUGUACAAAAAAAGAA